AUGAGACGCCCCAUACACAAUCCAACGAACUCAGGUAUACACUGCACAGACCAACACUCCGUACUAUGGCAUUCUUGUUUCUCCCUUUCAUACCAGCGGCGGUAGGAGGACUAGCGGCGGCGGGCCUUGGGUUAGCGGCGGCUGGAGCGGGAGCUGGAGCAAUAGGAUCACUAGCAGGGCGACAGAGGACCGUGUUUGACCCGUUUCCCCGUCAUCUGAAUCUGCCUAGCUUUCCAGACCUGCUACCUCGGAUUCAUCGUCCUGAAAUGAAGAGGGAACCCGUCGCCGUUGUUGCUAGCGUUCCGGUCAAACCUAACAAGCCCCGGAGCAACAGCAGCAGCAACAGCAGUGAUAGUGAAAGUGAGAGUGAUAGUGAUACCGAGAGUCUCAGCUUACCUAGCCUACCCAGCAUUGGCAGUAGUAGUGAGAGUGAUGACGACGACAGUGAUAACGAGACCACGGAGGAGAAGGAGAAGAAGAAAGAGAAGAAGAGACUGAAAAAAACUUUGAAAAAAAUGACGAUGCUCAGUAAAAUAGGAGAGAAAAUGUGGAGCAUGAAGAAGAUGACGAACCAAAGCGGGGGAACCAAAAGCGUAACAGUACUCGCCCCGCCGCCUGAGCCAUCGCUCUACCGCACCAAUCAACGCGCCGUCUUGACCUCCUCUAGCCUUCGCGGCGGCGUCCGUGAUCGUCAAGCGGCGGCGGCUCUUUACUUUAGCAGGAAUUGAAAAAGAUUGCCCCAGCUGGAAACGGAAUAAAAUUUCAACUCGGAUCUUAAAGAUCUAUAUAUAUAUAUAUAUACUACAUAUAUACACACACACACACACACAUAAGGUGUGUAAUAAUAAACUUGAAUAAACAAAUAAACUCCCUACUUGAAUAAACAAAUAAACUUGAAUACAUUAAAUUCGUAUAUAAAUUUGGAUUCAACACAUUUAUUUUGAAAUAUCAUACUUUUAUAUCCUAUAUUUAUAUAAUAAUCGAGAUAUUAAUGAACAAAAUAUUGUAUCAGAGAGAUAAAUCAAAUAAAAAGAAAGAUAUGCAUGAGAUGGAGCUGGGAGGGAGUAUUUAUUUAUGUAUUUUUAUAUAUUUAUCUUUUGAUAAUAUAAAAUAGUUGUGUCAUCUUUUGUUUUGUGCAGUAAAACUUUUGAAGUCAU